AUGGCAACCAUAGAGGGUGGCACCGGUCGGCCUUCCUUUGCCGAUCUGGUGGGUGCCGUCCCUCAACCUAUACCGGAGAUGCUUCUUGCACCCAGGCUUCCAAAGAUGUUGGAAGGUGAGGUAUAUUUUCAGUUUACUAAAGAAGAAAUAGCAAGAUCAGCGGAACCUUUCCACUACUCUGUAGUCCUCAAGUUCUUGAAGAACCGUCCGUCGUUGGAUGCUGUGAGGGCUUUCAUUCACAGUCGAUGGGGCCUUACGGCCAGUCCAGUAGUUUCUGCCAUGAGGAGACCGCGUAACGUCUUCGUUCGCAUGGCUAAUGAAGUUGAUUUCACCAAAGCAUUAUCACGGGAGGUUUGUGAAAUAAAUGGGAUCUUCUACCGUGCAUUCAGAUGGUCACCAGAAUUCAAUGAGGAUGACGAGCCAUCAAGGGUCCCGGUAUGGGUUUCUUUGUCGGGUCUUCCACCAAACUUUUAUCAAGAAUCUUUCUUGAAGAUUUUGAUGGCACCGAUUGGAACUUUUAUUCGCCGUGAUAAUCCGACACGGUGCGCAACAAGAACGGAUGGUGCACGGCUCUGUGUGGAAGUGGAUGCUGCAAAACCGCCACUGUCUCAUUUCUGGAUUGGAGCGCCUGGACUGUCUUCUAGCCGAAAGCAAGAAAUAUUUUAUGAAACGCUCCCAGCUUUCUGUUCAUCAUGUAAGAUGCAGGGUCAUAAUGCACGGACUUGUAAUCCUGGAAAAGCUGGUAAGAAAGGGGGAAGAAAAGGGAGUAGGAAAGGCCUCUCGGAUGAUCACGGGGUAGAGCAGAAUGAUGAUAAGGUUGAAACUCCUCCGCUGGUUCUUGUGGAAAAUAAUGCUGUGGGUGAACAUUCUAUGCGGAUGGACAAAGAAACAGAGGAGGCUGGGGUGGAGAAGGCGACGGAAGUAGCAGUUGCAGUUCAUGUGCAGUUGGAUGCCGAGAAGGAAGAAUUGCCAGUGCAGGUGGCAGACCAAAUGGUGCAGUUGGGUUCUGAGAAUGAUGAACAACCGGAGCAGAUGGGAGAAGCAAUUCCUCCUGUGAUUAAUAGGGUGGUGCAGUUGACGCCUCUUGUUGAAACAAAGGAUGAAACAGAUUUAAUGUUACACGUUGGGGAUGCAGAUGGUGCAGGGAUUAUCACGGGUGCGUGUUAUGUGGCGUCUAAUAUGGACGUAAAUCAGAGUUUGCGUGCGGAAGAUAAUGGUCCGAUUAUGGAGCAGACGCAACCAGUGGUGGAAGAGGAAAUAGAUGAGGACGUUGAUGAAGAAGUUGAUGAAGAAAUCAUAAUGGAAGAGAACUGUUCUUCAGAACCAGAACCGGAACAGCAUUCCAGAGAGAAUGGUGCGGAUAAAAUUUUGAUUCAUGUGAUUUAUGCUAAAUGUUCCUGGGUGGAGAGGUGCUAUCUAUGGCAAGAGCUCAGUAGUAAUCAUGUGGGUGUAGAUCCUUGUGUUGUUGUGGGGGAUUUUAAUAUUAUCAAGAAUGAUUCGGAAAGGAGAAGAGGAAGACCUCGGCCAAAUGUGGCUAUGGAUGAUUUUAAUGAUUGGAUUCAUCAAAGGGGUCUUAUGGAAAUGGCUACGAAAGGGAGUUGUUUCUCAUGGUGUAAUGGGCAUUCAGGAUUGGCCCGUUCGUGGGCUCAGCUUGAUCGUGCUCUAAUGGAUAAUUCAUUCAGUAAUUUGUUCCUUAAUACUAUUUGUUCUUACUUGUCUAGAUCUACUUCAGACCAUGCCCCCAUGAUCAUUGAGUUCAAGAAAGAUCCUUUCUCCUAUGGGCCGUCUCCAUUUCGGUUUCAACAAAUGUGGGUGGAUCAUCCUGAUUUCCUGGAUUGUGUUAGAGCUGCUUGGAAUUUACAGAUGGUAGGUUCUCCGAUCCUGUGUUUAAGUAAGAAAUUAAAACAUACGAAGGUGGUGCUUCGGGAAUGGAAUAAAAGAGUAUUUGGUCACACAAUAGGGCGUAUUGAUGCCCUUGAAAAACAGAUUGAGGAGAUUGAGCUACAGCUUCAAUCAAAUUGGGAGGUCAAUUUGGAGAGAGAACUACAUGAGGCAGUCUCAAAUCUAGCUGGUUGGAGGCAUCGGGAAGAGAUGAGAUUGGCAUAA